AUGACUUCCAUCAGUCGUAGCGAAGCCAUGAGGCGAGGAUGGGAAACGAGACGACGCAACAAAGCGGAACGCCUCGCUCUAGAGGCUCAGAGACGCGCCUCGCCGGACGCGUCCCCUGCUGCCGCUGCUUCAUUCGAUGAUGUAAGCCGUUUCAACCUCCAAGCCGUUGUAUCCCUUUCUCACCGACAUUCCAGUCUCCUAUGGCCCGAUCUCGCCGUGUGCCAAAGCCAGUUCGGGUCCAGUCCUAGGAGGAUGACGCCGCCCGGCCCGCACAAGAAGUUGCAGACCAUGCGGUCCCCCCCGAGGGUAGACAUCGUCGACGGCGUUGAGCUGAACGUCAGAUACGCUGAUAAAUCCACAGCCUGGAAGUCUGAGUACGACAUCUCUUGGCUGGCCCACUCCAAGGUGCUUGACUUUUGGAAACGCUUCCCUGGCGGUCGGAACGAAGCAGUCCUCGCCUUCAAUGGUGGAUGGAUCCAUUGUCCCCGAGUCAUGGCCAUCAUUGGCCAUCGGAAGGUCUCGGGUCUUUCUCUGCAGUUCAAGGUUAUUUGGCAAGGACUUUCACUGGAGAGGGUUUCGUGGCAAUCCGAGUCGGGAAUUGGAUCGGUCUGCAAACCUGGCACCAUCGAAGGCUACUGGCGCGCCGCUGCUGUUGAGCCCCCCGGCCAAGCACUGGCUCAGAACGCAUGUCUUCCGGCCACCCAUGUAACCAUUGAGGAGGUUUGGCCGUGGGCAUCAGCAAGCUACAUCAAGGAAGGAGGACUUGGCUCAGCUGCGACUUGA